UAAUGUUUGCAUUAGUAUCAUCUCACCAAUAAACAGUAUAUGGUCAUUUAUAUAUACACCCAUACCAAUUUUCAAACACAACAAAAGGAAAAACAAAAAAAAAAACAAAAAACAAAAAAGUAUGAGCAAUAACUGAUGAUGUGCACUCUCUUCUGCAAUCAAUUUACAAUUUUUUUUUUUUGAGGUCAACAUCCAUUCAUCUCAAUUUUUGUAUUACCAUUAACACGUGGCCUUGGUUCUAAAUUUCAUAUAUAAUAUAUAAUACACUUUUGUCAGCAAUGUCAUGUUCGUAAAAAGAGAAUCUAUAAUACGUGGCAAUUAUAGAUGCACUUUUAGAUGGACACGUGGACAAAAGAUGCGGCGGCUCCACGCUUUCCCUCUUAGUUUUAACUCAUAUAAAACCAACAAAUGGGAGAAGAAGAAGAUCACAGAAAUGGCUGAAUCAAAUCAAACGCAAUGCAUCGCUAUGGAUUCCGCCACCGCAUUACAACAAUAUCUUGAUCACAUCCCCGUCAGUUCCAUCUCCGGCAUCAAGUCCUCCGUCGUUUUGGAAGUCAAGACUGGGGACUUCGUUAAGGAUGCAAUACGAAUAAUGUUUCAGAAGAAUGUGGCUUCUGCGCUCAUCGCCGAUGUCUCCACCGACGGUUUCCCUGAUCGGUUUAUUGGCUUUGUUCAUCUCUCAAGCUUGCUUCUAUGGUGUAUUCAGGAGAUUCGAAAAUUGGAGAAUGAAAUUGAGUGUAUUGAGUCCGAGGACACUAAAGAGACUGUUUGUGGGAUUUUGGGGUUUCUUGAACAGAAUCCACACAUUGGCCAAACCAAGGUGGGUGAGUUGGGAAAGACAUUCUUGUGGGAUCCUUAUUUUCCUGUUGGGAUGAGGGAUACACUUUUCCAUGUUCUUCUUAUGCUUUCAAAGCAUCGGUUACAAGCUGUUCCUGUGGUUGAGCUUUCCAAUUCUCACGUUAUUGGUUUCAUUACACAGAGUGCAGUAAUUCAUUUGCUUCUGGAAUCAAGUGGAUUGGAGUGGUUCGAUGGCAUCGCGGACAAAGUUAUAUCAGACUUUCGGUUUGAUAAUGAAGAGCAUGUUCUCCAUGUCUAUGGUGACCAAAACAUUAUAGAAGCUUUUCAUAUACUAUGGAAUAAACAAAUUGGUGCAGUUGCUGUAACGGAUAGAGGAAGUAAGACGCUUAUUGGUUGUUUGAGGAAAAGUGACGCAUAUCUUCUCUUGGAGAAGGAAGAUUUAUUUCAGAACAGAAAAAGGAUAACAGUGAAGGAGUUCAUUCAUAUGGAACCAAAUAAAGGACGAGUGGACGCUAAAAUAACAGUCGAAGGGAGCCAAGGGGCACUUACCUUGUCCGGUGCGCGUUCUCUAAUUAAUGGCAAACUUCCAAAUAUGCACACCCCAGUGACGAACAAGAGAGAUGACACACUGAAGCAAGUAAUGAAAACUAUGGUAGAGACAAAUAGCAGUUUCAGCUUUCUUGUCAAUAAUUUGCAGCAAGCAACGGGGAUACUUACUUUGCGAGAUAUGAUAACUCAGUUUGCUCCUCCCUGUAUGAAUUCAACCAUUCAAGGAGGUAGUUUUUUUGAAUCUGCUCUGGAACAAACUGGGUGUCAGGUUAGAAAUGGUACCAUAAUUUGUAACAAAACAUUUUAGUAUAUGGUGUUGAGUUUAAUUAUAUGAGAAACAUAGAUGUAUCACAGAACUAAUUAUAGGGAAAAAACAAAUUGAUAAGUUGAGGUGAGUUGGUUCAUCUUCAUAGUCGGUUUUACCAAGUUUGUUCAAACUCCACCAAUUUCCAUUCUAUAUGAAGAUUCACAGCUUCGAACUA